AUGUGUCAUGGGUACCUGGGUGCCACGGGCCUGAUCAAGCCAUUCCAGCAGGCCAUCUUCCCCGACUGCUUCACAACUUUUGAGGCCUGCACCCUCAACGAGACGCGGGUGAUGACGUUCGCACAGUUUGGGGCGCUGAUCGUCGGCAUGCUGGUCUUCGGGGCGCUGGGUGACGUCAUCGGGCGCCGCCUGGGCAGCCGCCUUGUCGCCGCGAUCAUGCUGGCCGGCAGCGCACUCCUCGUCUUCACCCCCCUCGCGGCCGGCGGGGCGAGCUACCUCCGCUUCUUCGUGUUUGCCCAGGUCUGGGCUUCAAGGCUCAAGUUUUAG